UUGUUCCCACUUUCCUCAAUCCAUCGCCACAGGGUCGUCUAGGUGUUGACGUAGGUACACCAGGUUGUCAACACCACAACUCUCAGGCGCCAUCAUGGGCGCAGAUAUCGUCGAGAAGGAGAAGGCCGCGGAAGAGGCGCGCGGCGAUGAGUAUCCCAUAGAUGCCGCCGCAAAGGCUCCUACUCCAGAUAUUCCCGAGGAGAUGACCCCAUUUGCCGCUUACACGCGCGUUUUCACGUACGGCGGCGCGUUCGAGUAUACUCUCCAGGCCAUCGCCAUCGUCGCCGCCCUUGGCUCAGGCGCCGGAAUUGCCCUCCAAAACCUCAUAUUUGGUAGAUUCGUCACUGUCAUCACCGGCUUCGUCUCUGGGGUGUCAAGUCCUCCCGGUUUCCGGAGCGAUGCCGCCGAACUCGCCCUCUACUUCGUAUAUUUGGGUAUCGGCAGGCUGGUGCUCUCGUACAUCUACAACAGCCUGUUCACCUAUGUUGCCUACCGUCUCGUUCGCAAUAUGCGCUACGCCUACCUCAGGGCAGCCCUCAGCCAGGAAGUCGCCUACUACGAUUUCGGAACCGGUGGCUCCAUUGCGACGCAGGCCACAUCCAAUGGUCGCCAGAUCCAGAACGGUAUCGCAGAGAAGCUCGGCCUGACCUUCCAGGGAUUGGCUGCCUUCGUCACUGCGUUCAUCAUCGCUGUCGUUGUCCAGUGGAAGCUUGCACUCAUCUGCCUCUGCAUCGCCCCUGCCAUCAUCAUCGUUAUGGGCGUCGUCGCCAGCAUCGAGGCCGGUUUCGAAACCAAGAUGAUGGAGAUACAUGCCCAGGGUAAUGCUUUUACAGAAGCGGUUCUCUCCGGCGUACGCACUGUUCACGCCUUCGACAUGCGCGCGAGGCUCGUCAAUCGAUUUAACACCUAUUUGACCGAGACCCAUAGGAUCGGUGACAAGAUCUCGCCCCUAUUUGGUAUCCUGUUUUCCGCCGAGUACACCAUAAUUUACUUGGGAUUCGGUCUGGCCUUCUGGCAGGGGGUCCGAAUGAUGGCCACUGGCGAGAUCGAAGACCCAGGCACAAUCUUCACUGUUCUUCUUUCUGUUGUUAUUGGUUCCAUCCAACUGACCAUUUUGGCUCCUUAUGCUAUCGACUUCGGCCGCGCCGCUUCUGCUGCUGUCAUGCUGUUUAGACUGAUUGACCGCAAGUCGUCAAUUGACCCCUUCGACGAGGAUGGCGAGCAGCCGACCGAGACUGAAGGUGUCAUCGAGAUCGAGAAUGUCACCUUUGCCUAUCCCACUCGCCCCAGCGUCACUGUUCUGGAUAACUUCUCCCUGAAGGUCCCGUCGGGCAAAGUCACUGCCCUGGUCGGUCAAUCCGGCUCCGGCAAGUCCACCAUUGUUGGCCUCAUCGAGCGCUGGUACAACCCGGAGUCAGGCACCAUCAAGUUAGAUGGUCGCCCCAUCGACAUGCUGAAUUUGAAUUGGCUGCGUAAGAACGUCCGCCUGGUUCAGCAGGAGCCCGUACUUUUUCAGGGCUCGGUCUUCGACAAUAUCAAGCAUGGCCUCAUCGGAACCGAGUGGGAGAACGCGUCCCGCGAGAAGCAAAUGGAACUGAUUCAACACGCUGCCAAGAUGGCCUUUGCCCACGAUUUCAUUUCCGAACUCCCAAACGGCUACGGCACCCAGAUCGGUCAGCGUGGAGGUCUGCUCUCCGGCGGUCAAAAGCAGCGUGUUGCCAUCGCCCGCAGCAUCGUAUCUCAACCGAAGGUUCUCUUGCUGGAUGAGGCUACCAGUGCCCUAGACCCUCAUGCCGAAGGUGUCGUCCAACAAGCCCUCGAUAAGGCCGCGGAAGGUCGCACCACAAUCGUCAUUGCCCACAAGCUCGCUACUAUCCGCAAGGCAGACAACAUUGUUGUCAUGCGCAAUGGUCGCAUCAUCGAGCAGGGCAGCCACGAGUCUCUUAUUGCCGACGGCGGUGCUUACGCUCGCUUGGUGGAGAUCCAAAGCCUCGCUGUCGGCGAGGGCAAGUCCGAAACGGAGACUGAGGACACCCAGAACCCAGAUCCUGCGGACCUGCACAAGCCCCUGACUCGGUACGCCUCGUCUGUCCAGGGCCGCAUGGAAGCGAAAAAGGAGCGCGACAACUACGACCAUCACAAGCAAUUUGGUAUGCUGCAUGUUGUGUUCCGCCUGAUGAAGAUGACUCCUGAAUUGUUCUGGUGGUACGUACUAGUGCUUCUUGGAUGCAUCGGUGCAAGUGGUAUUUUCCCUGGCCAAGCUAUCCUCCUCGCCAACGUCAUGGAUGUCUUCACGCUCACCGGCGCCGCGAUGGAGCGCGAGGGCAACUUCUACGCCAAAAUGUUCAUCGUCCUCGCGGCCGGCGCUCUUAUCAGCUACUUCGCCCUUGGCUGGUCCACCAACUGCGUUGCCCAGGCACUGAGCCAACUGAUGCGCAGGCAGAGCUUCGAUAUGAUCCUCCGCCAGGAUCUCCAGUUCUUUGACCGCGAGGAGAACAGCACCGGAGCCCUUAGUAGUCGCAUCGAUUCCAAUGCACAGUCCAUUCUUGAGCUGAUGGGUUUCAAUGUCGGUCUCAUUACGAUCUCCGUCCUGAACGUUCUCACGUGCAGCAUUCUUGCUAUCGCCCACUCCUGGAACCUGGGCCUGGUCGUGGUUUUUGGUGGUCUCCCCCCUCUUUUCGGCGCUGCCUUUUUGAAGAUUAAGCUGGACUCCAAGCUCGAUCGUGACACGUCGAAGCGUUACUCCGCCAGCGCCUCGAUCGCGUCGGAAGCCGUCAACGCCAUUCGUACCGUUUCAUCUCUCGCCAUUGAAAAGUCUGUUCUGGAACAGUACACCAACGAACUCGACCAUGCUCUGUCCGACUCUACUCCCCCGUUGUUCGCAGCCAUGAUCUGCUUUGGCUUCACACAGGCUAUUGAGUACUGGUUCAUGGCCCUUGGCUUCUGGUACGGCUGCCGCCUUCUCUCCUUCGACAAGAUUAGCAUGUACAAUUUCUUUGUUGCCUUCCUGGCUGUCUUCUUCUCUGGCCAGGCCACCGCCCAGCUCUUCCAGUUCUCAACCAGCAUCACCAAGGGUGUCAACGGCGCCAACUACAUCCUCUGGCUCAGCGGGCUAGAGUCCACCAUCCGGCAAACCCCCGAGAACCUAGAUAAGGGCCCUGGAUCCGCCGGUCCCAUUGCCCUGGACGAUAUCCGCUUUUCCUACCCUCUCCGACCCGACGCCCAGGUCCUUCGCGGCAUCAACCUCACCGUCGAAAAGGGCCGGUUCGUCGCCUUCGUCGGCGCCUCCGGCUGUGGCAAGUCCACCAUGAUCGCCAUGCUCGAGCGCUUCUACGACCCCACAACCGGCCGCAUCGUCAUCGACGGCUCGGACCUCACCACCCUCAACCCCCGCCUCUACCGGCGCAUCGUAUCCUUCGUCCAGCAGGAGCCGAUCCUCUUCAAAGGCUCCAUCCGCGAGAAUAUCGCCCUCGGCCUCGACGACCCGACCAUGGACGAACUCUCGUCCACCGAUGCCGCGCUACGGGUUAGCGACGAGAAAAUUGAAGCCGCUCUGCGCGGCGCCAACGCGUGGGGUUUCGUCUCUUCUCUUCCCGACGGGCUGAAUACCCAGGCCGGUUCGGGCGGUACCCAGCUGUCCGGCGGUCAGCGCCAGCGCAUCGCCAUCGCGCGCUCGCUCAUCCGCGACCCCAAGGUCCUGCUACUCGACGAAGCCACCAGCGCCCUCGAUACGGAGAGCGAGAAGAUCGUCCAGGGCGCCCUGAACGAAGCCGCCAAGGACGCCGACCGUAUCACUUUCGCCGUCGCCCACCGUCUUAGCACCAUCAAGGAUGCGGACGUCAUCUGCGUCUUCUACGGAGGCAAGAUCGCCGAGAUGGGCACUCACGAAGAGCUCAUAGCCAACAGCGGCAUGUAUCGCAGGAUGUGCGAGGCGCAAGCCCUGGAUUGAGCAUCCUUUGGUUUCCUGUUUCUGCCUAGUACAACGGGAUGUGGGUGCAGUAUCACCCCAAAAUGAUUGGCGAUAAUGAUUGGCCUGAAGUUGGCGACGACGUGACUCUUGCGGUCUUGCCAUUAUAGUCAC